AUGGGGAACAGUAAAAGCGGGGCGCUGUCCAAGGAGAUCCUGGAGGACCUGAAACUCAACACCAAGUACACGGAGGACGAGCUGUGCAAGUGGUACGAGAGCUUCCAGAAGCAGUGCCCGGACGGGCGCAUCAGCCGGGCCGAGUUCGAGAAGAUCUACGGCAACUUCUUCCCCAACUCGGACCCCAAGGUCUACGCCCGGCACGUCUUCCGCAGCUUCGACACCAACGACGACGGGACGCUGGACUUCCGGGAGUACAUCAUCGCCCUGCACCUCACCUCCUCCGGCAAGACCAACCUCAAGCUGGAGUGGGCCUUCUCCCUCUUCGACGUCGACCGCAACGGGGAGAUCAGCAAGAGCGAGGUGCUGGAGAUCAUCACGGCAAUAUUUAAGAUGAUUCCCCCUGAAGAGCAGAAAAUGCUGGCUGAGGACGAAAACACCCCCCAGAAACGAGCCGACAAGCUCUGGCACUACUUCAAAAAGGAGGAAAAUGACAAAAUCGCCGAGGGGGAGUUCAUCUCCGGGGUGAUGAAGAACGAAGCCAUCAUGAAGCUGAUCCAGUACGAACCCAAGAAAUAGGAAGGCCGAGGUCCCGGGCCGGGAAGGGAACAGCAACCUGGAGGGAGAACAGGCGCCGCUCCCCCGCCGUGUGCAUGGAGUGAGCGAGAAAACGAGUGAAUGAGAAAAUGAUGAAACGAAUGAAUGAAACGAGAUGUGUGAGAGGCCUGACCCAUCUCCAGCCAUACGCUGCCAUGUCGGUCUUCACCCCUUUCCCCGGGUAGCUGUA